GUGUGGUUGCCAGCAACGGUGAUGUAGGGGAGGUGGUCGUCGACAAUGUUGAUGUAGAGGCGGUCGGCGAACAUGUUGAUGCAAAGGACGCGUUAAUGGAUGAUGUGGAUGUAGCAGUAGCGGUCGCCAGCAAUGUUGAUUUAGAUGACGUGGUAGAAGAAGAUGUUGCUGCGGAGGACGCCGUCGCCCAAAGUGAUGCCAUUGAGCGGGUAGCCGUGCACAACAUCGUCGUACAGAAAGCGGUUGCACAAGACGUCGCGGUAGAAGUUGAAGUGAAUCUCAGUGCAGAUGUUUCAGUGGGCAAAGCUGUUGCCGUUGAAGAUGUACUUGUAGAGGAUGUGCACGUACACGCUGAGAACCUCGACCGCACACUUUGGGAGGAUGCUGGUAUGGACAACAUCGUCAGAGACAACGUUGGCCAACGCGAUGGUCGUACUGCAGAAAGCGAGGAUGCCGCGGAGGCCGUUCUAAAAGAAGCUCGCAAAGAGGACACCUUUGUUGAGCGCGUAGUUGCAUAG